UUCAGAACAAUCAAUUUCCCUUAAGAGAGAGUGGGAGCAGGGCUGGAGUGGAUGGCACAGGACCUGGAUACUCACAUUUUGUAACGCCGAACAGGACUGGGCAUUGGGGAUAAACCUGUGGAGAGGUUGAGAGCUGGAAUACAACCAACUUGGGGUUUUGACAUUUCACAAACGUGAGAGGAGAGCAGCUGUGAGAAAGCAGCAGACACACAGGCCAGUCCUGAUGGCAGGCGCUUGGGGGUCAGCCUGCACUGGACUCCGGCUCUAGCAGCCCACUGGGCCUUCACUUCAACUCUAAACAUUUCACAGCAGGACGAGUGCCCAUGAGGUCGUUGACACUGGUCCUGCUCAGCGUCCAGGCUGCACUCAUCAUGGGAGGCCACACCCAGGCGCAGGGGCCAGCCAAUCAGCACGCAGCAGCGCAUCACUCACCCAGGCCUCACGGCCAAUCCAAGCAGGACUCGCACUAUGACGACCUAAUCCCCAACGUGGACCCCAAACUCUUCAACAAGCGCCGUUACCAUUCACCUCGCGUACUGUUUAGCGACGUGGUACCUACGGAAAAUGAUACGGGGAGCCCCAGGCGCCCACGAGUCCGGCGGAAGGCCAACGACUUCUUGCAUCGCGGCGAGUACUCGGUGUGCGACAGCGAAGAGCACUGGGUCGGCAACCUGACCCAAGCCACAGACUUAGCAGGCAAUGAAGUCACAGUGCUGCCACAUGUUCGCAUCAACAACGUCGUGAAGAAGCAGAUGUUCUACGAGACCACGUGCCGAGUGUCGAAGCCCGUCGGGGCCCCCAAGCCGGGUCAAGGAGUCAGCGGCGUUAAAGCAGGAACCUCUAGCUGUCGUGGGAUCGACAACAAGCACUGGAACUCUUAUUGCACCAACGUGCACACCUUCGUGCGGGCGUUAACGUCCUACAAAAACCAGAUCGCCUGGAGGUUCAUCCGAAUCAACGCCGCUUGUGUGUGCGUCCUCAGCCGCAACUCAUGGAGGCAUUGACUGACAUAUUGUCUCAGCCAAUCCACUGCAGCCACCUGUCAUAAGCCCCUCCCACCCGUCAAUAAUAACAACAGCGGCACUGCCAACAUCAGUGAUCCGAGACUCCGCCCCUUUUCAGAUCUCUCUAUGACAUCGCAACCCAGUCGCCUCCUACCCUACCUCACUCUGUAAAUUAUUGGUCGUUUAAGUUAUGAGGACUGCAUGGCAUAUUUAUAUAGUUUAUACGGUCAGAAUAUAAAUAUAAAU